AUGUCAUUGUUACAACUGGUUGCUAGAUGCCUGGCUCUUUUAAAUUUAUUGGUAUUCAUUAAUGCUAGAGAAACAUUGACUACUACUGAUAUAGUAGGAAGCACAAUCAAGUUAGAGGUUGAAGAUGCGGUUUUGAAAGCAGUGACUCCCGGGAUUCCAUAUACUAGUACUAUCACUAGUUUGUCUGGUGCUGUUACUGAGUAUAUCCAAACUAUUAUAACGCCUACUAGCACUGGAAAAACAACCGCUCCUGCUGCAAAGACAUCUUCUGGUUCAUCCACAUCUUCCGUCGCUAGCACUAAGGUUGCUGCUCUUGUUUACCCAUAUACGACAACAAUUACUGCUACCUCGGGUGGUGUCACAUUAUAUAUAUCAACUGUCGUAACAGGUUCUGGUUCCGGUUCUACUGCUACCGUGAUUUCCCCUUCUGCAAGCUCGAAGGCUAGCAGCGUGUCUUCUAGUUCUACUACAACAUUACCAGCAACUUCAUACACUUACACAGGUACUAACCCAGAUCCUUCCUCAAAUUUCACCGUGCCACCAAAAUCGCCGGUGACAACAUUAUCACUGGAUCUAUAUUAUACUGUUACCGAUGGUUCAAAGGUAUACACCUCUCGUAGAGAUGCUACAUCCAUCUGGGUCACCGUUACUACCAAUAGUGGUGUGGCUGUGGUGAGAACAACUUAUGUACAAAGAUUUACUUCACAAUAUACAGUUAUGAAAUCUCCUUCUUCGGGUUCCAUUGGUUUAGGUACGAUCACAGGCACUGUCGGCGUAGUCAAGACUACCGCCAUUGCGGAAGGCUCGGGCAGUUCUACAACAACAGACAGUAAAGUUGUCAAAAUUGCAAGCGCAAAUUCUGCUGACAACAAGUUUGUAGUAAGUAAGAUACCUAUGAUCGUUUCAUUUUUAUCUAUUUUCUUUAUUUCCUUAUUAUGA